AUGAUGAAUCCCUCUUCAAUGACGAGGAUCCAGCGACUCAAAAAAGAGAUUGCUGAAAUCGACCAAAAACUUGAAUCUGCUACAGAGAGGCCAACUCCGUCUCCUAUUCAAUCAAAUUUUCCACUUCAAAUUUCUACUUUGAAUUUUAAGAAAAAUCAAGAGAGGGAUGAAAUUCAACAGCGAAUUAAUUUACUAAGAAUUUCAGUUAGCAAAGAAGAAGCAUUCAAUAAUCAGCUCACCGAAAUCCAAAACAAGCUUCGAUCUCUAGGCAAGCAAAAACAAUUCGAAGUUCAGAACUGCAAAAUUUCUAGAGAUCCACUAUCUCAAAAAGCAGCAGCUCUCAAAGAUCUCAUCCAGCAGCUUCAUGAUGAGUACCAGUCUACAUCAAAUUCAGUCGCUAAAAGGCAAAAGCUAAAAGAAUCUGCCCAGCAAGGCAAACUUCAAGCAUAUCAAAAUUCUUUGAUUCCCCUUGAAGCUGAAUCCUCCACCCUCCUUAAUAAAAAGCAAAAAUUAGUUACAAAGCAGCAAGAAUGCUCAGAAGAAAUUAAGCGAAUUGAAAAUUGUAUCAAAAUGUGCAAAGAAGAGCUGGACUCAAGAUAUAUCACAAGGGCCGAAUACAUAGCGCAAAGAGAAGAAGAUGAAGAAGUCUAUGAAAGGUUGAGGCUAGAAUAUGCAGAUGAGCUUGAAUAUUUUGACGAAGAAGUCGACUUAGUUGAGCAAUUUAAUUUUUUGACCCAACAAAAAGAAGGAUAUAUCGAAAAAAUUCAAAAUCUGGAAUGAAAAUUGGGGGAAACCAAUAGGAAUAUUCAAGAGUAUAAAUCAAAAAUUGAAGAUUGCAGAGAUUCUAUUAAUCAUGUUUAUUCAAAUACCCCAAAUUUCAAAGACCAGCAAGAAAUCGAAAAACUGGAAUCGUUUUUAAAUAUCAAGUGCAGAAAUUAUGGACUAGAAACGCUACAGGAAGUAAUUAUGAGGGUAAAUUGCAACGAAAAUUUUGAUAUUGAAGAAGAAAUAUUAAGGGUCCAGCUUAAAGAAAUGAUAAAGAACCAGACAAGGAUGUCAGAAGAAUGGGAAGCAAAAGAAUCAUUAUUAAUGGAAAGGCUCAAAGGCGAAGAAGAUCCAGAAACUGUUUACAAGCUGGAAGCAGAACUAAAUGAGCAUCAGCAAAAGUACAGGAAUAGAAUGGCAGCAGUUGAACAGUGAAAAUCUGAAGUAGAAUCAGCCUUAGGAAGACCAAGACCUAUAGGCAAAAUAACAGUCCUCGACAAAGCAAUUAUUGAUGAAUUUAAAAUCAGCUCUCUCAGUCUAAUCGAUGACUUUGAGCAAAGAAAAUCUCUUGAAAAUUUAAUAAAUAUUUAUAUACAAAAAAUAAUUUCAAGAGAAAAAUAUCUAGUAACUAUCAAUGCAAAACUUGAGGAAAAAAGAAUAAAUCAAGCUAGAUUCGAAGACUGUCUGUAUAAGCUCAUACAAGAAAAAGCAAAAUUUGAAAAAGAAAAAAUCGAAAUGAGGAAAAAUUUGAUGAAAUUUAUUAUGAAAGAAAAAAACUUAACAAAACGACUUGAUGGAAGUACCACUUCUGAGUCUGGGGCUGGAGAUUUUAGACUAAAGCAGCAAGCUCACUCUCUGCACCAUAAUGUUCAGUUUUGGGAAAAAUUGAUUGCAAAGGAAACUGCUACAAUUGAAAAUUUCAUAAAGCCAGCGCUGUUGGAAUAUGAAGAAAUGCUGAAAAAAAUGAAAAAAGAAAUUUUGCAGAUAAAUUUGCAGAUUAAAGAAACAGAAGAUGAGUAUCAGUCUGUUGAAUGUCAGAUUGAAAAAAUCCUUGAAUGCAAAAGACAAGAUAUGUUAGACUCUUUAGAGGAAAUUAAUAAUCAAAUACAGCAGCAGGAAGGAGGAGAAAACAAACUCUUUGGCAUAAAAGAAAGCAUUGAUGAACGAACAGGGGAACUACUAAAGCUCCAAGAAGGAAUCGACGCAAUUGAUGCUGCAAGUGUCAAAGUUUUAUCUGAAUUAGAGCAAGAAGAAGCUAUGCUGAGAACACAGAAACAGGUAUUGGAAACAUCUUUAAUAAAAAUCCAACACGACAAAAAACAAUUAGAAGAGCUAGAAAAUAAAGCAGGGAGAACUAAUGAGUCUCAGCAUACCUCAAGAUCUCCAUUUAAACCCGAAAACCUGAAUGAAAAAAGCAGAUCAAGAAGCUUCGGAAAAAUAAUAAAACCAAAAUCUCAAGAUAUUCCAAUUCCACCCACUAACAUUCUUCAGUUUGAUAUUCCUGAGAAGCCUGAAGACUCUCCUCAAAUAGAGCCUAAUCCUUAUUUUGAAUUUGUAGAAAAAACACUUGGUAAGCAAGCACAAAUGAUUUCUGAGAGAAUUCCCUUAAUUCCUGCACAAGUCAGAAGCCAAAAGAAAUAUUAUAGAUUUAAUCUUGAAGACACUACACAGUCUGAGAAAAACUUUUAUGAAAGAAUAAUGCCAUUACUCGAAGGUGCUGAAAUUUAUAAAAAAUUCAGUCAGCAUAACUCUUUGAAACUCCAAGCUUUUGAUCCUUUAGAUUCAGUGAGAAAUCCUCCUGAAGCAUGUGGCUAUGGAAUCAAGUACUUCAGGCUUCAUAAAUCUUUACAAAGAAUCGAUAUAAGACAGCCGCUGAAGCCUGGCUUUGAGUCUAGCAUUUCUAUUGACCAAAUAAUGGCUCCAAUAAUCCCUCAAAUUACCAUGACAAUUCUCAAAAUCCAAAAGAAGCUUGGGCAAGAAGACUUAGAAUUCACCAAUUUUACCAAAGAAACACAAGAAAAAUACGAUCUCAUGAAGGAAAAGGGAUACCUUGACCAUCAAAGCCCAGCCUUUAAAGAGAUUUGCAAAGACUGCGCAAUGUACCCUUUCCAUAUAGCUCUGAUACAAGGAGGGAGAAUUGAGCUGAUUGCUAAAAGUUAUGUUACUUUUAAACAAUGGAUUAACGGGAUUAAUGCACUUAUAAGAGCUAAAAGGCAAAUCCCCAAGCUGAGAAGAAGAAUUGAAUCUUACACUUCCGUAUAA